UCUUUAUAGAAGUGAUUCAAUCAAGUAAUUUUUUCCCGCAACUAGUCACCACAACUGGAAAUCCCACGCCAUUUAUCAGCUUUCCGGGAUAAUUUCGCAACCCAUAACGAAGUGUUUGUUUUGUGAGCUACAUAUUCAAAUAUAUGGUGAACGUGUACAAAAAAAACUUCUUAUACCAGAGCACUUUUGAGAAACUUAAUCUUUGCUGUAAACUGCAUUCACAUAGGGCGCAGAUUCCCGAAAUAUGCAGAAAUUUUAUGGAGGAUCUUUAAAAGCGGAAAAAAAACUGAUGUUCAACAACCGAAACUAUUUUAUCUACCAAAGGUUCAAUGUGUAUGUUUACAAACGGCUAGGCUGACUGCACUGAGACUGCAUAUCUACGUUCUUCCUAAAUCCCGAUUGGUUAGAUGCACUCUUGGAAAUUUACUUGGUCUUUACCGGAAUUGCUAACAACAAAAGAAUAAAGUUCCCCUAAUCAACGUCGUUAUUUCUAUAUUAAGGUUAUCACUUAUCACACAGCACCAUAAAUUGAUAGAUCAGCUACUCAUAAACCGCAGUAGAAAUGUCACGAUUUUAUGCAUCACUAACUUUGUUGUUUACGUACGUUCACAGCUACGUAAUACCAACACCGGAAUUCCAAGUUUUCGGGAAUACCUUAGAAGUUAGUAUUCCGCACGAGGAUGGGAUAGAGGUAUUUUACUUCCACGGGCGUGUACAACGAAAAAAUCAACACGCGUUGAAAUCUGACGCGAUAGCGAUGGAUACAAGGGAUAGAACCGGAAAUACAUGGGUAAUAAGGGAUAAUAAUGUCCAGCUUCAGGCGGGUGACGUGAUAAACUAUUGGGUUUUCGUGCGGAAGAACGGUGUAGGUUAUCGUAAUCCCACCGGGUAUUUCAUGGUUGCAGACAUUGCAAAACCACCGCAAAGCGCCGUUUCUACCACAGAGCGAGGGAUGGAUGCCGUCCCAGAUAGUUUCUCAGAAAAAAAAGAACUUGAUGCUUUCGUAAUGAAUGAUCCUGUAAAUUUGGACAGCGUAUUGUAUAGCGAAGGUACAGCGUGUACCUUCAAUUGCACAAAUCAGGUGAAAAACGUUAAUGAGACCAUACAUAGAAUGCAAAGUCAAAUGGAAUCCUUGGAAAAAGCCGUUGAUCAAAUCAUGGAAAUAGUCAAUGAGCAGGGCGGAAUGAAGAAUAGUACGGAGAACGUUACCCUUGACCAUGGUCAAUCUCCAACUACAAUUACAAGUGCGCAGAUAUUUUAAAAGGCAAAAGCUUCAGUAUGGGUUCGAAGCAAUCUAAGACCAACACUUAUUUUUUAAGUGAAAAUAAAAAAUUUUAACUAACAAGAGUUUCGUAAUUGUCGUUAC